AUGUUUAUAGGCUUGGGAAAUCAUAAACAUGUAAGAACUAGGAGCAGUGUUGGAAUACAAGUAGUAAAUUAUGUUGCUGAAUUAAAUAAUUUAACAUGGCAUAAGAACAACAAUUUUCCUGGUGAAUUUGCAAGAUUAAAUAUUUAUGUUGAUCCUAAACCACCUUCAAGGCUUACUUUGAAUAAAUCCAAUUCUAAGAAAAGUGAAAAAAAUUCACCAACAUUGGAUGUUAUUAAUUAUAUUCCAAUAGAAAUUGUGUUAUUCAAACCUUUAUUGUUAAUGCAUAUUUCUGGUGAAUUAAAACAUUUUGAGAUGUCUCCAUCAAAUAUAGUAGUAAUUCAUGAUGACAUAGAACGUGAAAUUGGGAAAAUUAGUUUAAAGUUAAGUGGAAGUUCAAGUGGACAUAGUGGACUUAAAUCAGUUAUUGGAUGUCUUGACACUGAAAAGUUUUGUAGAUUAAGGGUAGGUAUAGGCAGACCGAAAACAUAUUAUGACAGAGAUACAAUAGAUAGACCUAAAACAUAUCAUGAUAGAGAUACAGCAUAUAGGCCUAAUACAUAUAAUGACAGAUAUGCAGCAUAUAGACCUAAUACAUAUAAUGACAGAGAUGCAAUAAAUAGACCUAAAACAUAUCACGACAGAGAUACAACAUAUAAACCUAAAACAUAUAAUGACAGAGAUGCAAUAAUUUUACAAAAAUAUGUUAUAGGAACACCAAUGCUUGAGGAAUCAAAUUAUUUCAAAGAAGAAGUAUUUCCAAAAUGGUGGUGGCAAUAUAGUCAUGAUACAGAGGCAUAUGUAGGACUUUUCAAUAGAAAAAGACCAUACUCUAAAAUUAAUUUUUGA